AUGGCGACCACCGUAUCCCUCGAAAUUGCUGUCAUCGGUGCCGGAGCAGCUGGCUUGGCCGCCACCAAAUAUCUUCUUGCCGAAGGCCAUAAGGUCCUCCUCAUCGAGCGCCGCAACGACUCCGCUGGAGUCUGGAACAACGGGUCGGCCUGUAUUGGCGGCAGCCAAUGGGCAGACCCGGUCUAUGAUACCCUGCAGACCAAUGUACCCCCCGUUGUCAACCUACGCCGAUGCCAAAAUGAUUACCAAAAGAAGUGGGAGAUACAGACCAUCACAAAGCUUCCGUCUGGCAAAGAGGAGGAGAUCCCUCCAAUCCACGUGGAUGCUGCCAUUGUGGCCACGGGACAUUACGACAAACCCUACGACCCUCCAGCUGAGCCUGGAAAGCAGCAAUGGGAGAAGAAGUUUCCGACUUCCAUCAUACAUGCUCACGACUUCAAGAACGUGACACCAUUCAUCAGAAAGAAUGUUGUGAUCAUCGGCAACGGGCCAUCAGGAUGGGACAUAUCCUCUCAGCUCAAGGACGUUGCCAAGUCAGUCACCAUGUCGCUUCGUGGCUUCACACUUCCUGAUGGUCGCAUGCGUAUAGUCAGCGAUGGCGUGACAUCGAAGGUCCUCACCAUCUCUCGUUACUACCCCAAGGCUAGGAAGAUUGAAUUUGCCUGUGGAACGAUGGCCCACGAUGUCGACUACAUCAUCUACUGCACCGGCUACGAGUACGACUUUUCAUUCAUCGUCAAGAACAGAGCUGGCCAAGAGCUCUUCCCGAAGGGCCAAAAGGUUGAGCGGCUGUACGAGCACAUCUUCUACACCGCAGAGCCCACCUUGGCAUUCAUCGGUCUCCCCAAGAUGACCGCCGCCUUCACCAUUGCCGAAGCGCAAUCAGCCUACGUCGCACGAGUCUUCUCUAAUAGACUCGACCGUCCUACCCAGCAAGAGGUGCGAACGUACUUCAAAACUAUGUCCAAGGAGUGCGAAGAAGACAACAUGUCAUGCCAGCAGUACCACACCCUCGCGCCCAGCCGUGACAGGGACUACAUCAAUCACCUCGUGAGCAUGGCUCUGAAGGCCAGACCUUUCAAGCACGGCACUCGCGGCAAGCCGCCACCAUACUGGUGCCACUGCAUGGACUCCGCUCGACAUCUUUCACGUGAUGCACGCGCCGCUCACAAGGCCAAAGGCGACGUCAGACAUGCAUUCCGCAGCUUCAAGGAUCUGGAGAUACCCCUGAAGGCUCCAUGCACCGGUGAUCACCUUACGGCCAUACCAGCGGGAUGUGUCGCGUGCUUCAUUCCUCACGAGUGA